AUGUCACAAAACACCGAGAUCCUCAAAAAUGUCCGUAGGGAAAUAGUCCACAGCACACAAUCAUAUGACAGCACCAUCAAGAAAUUGUAUUCUUCGAUCGGCGAUAUGGCACAUGCAAAUUGGGGUUCUAUCGCAAAAGAAAUCAAGAGUUAUGAUAAGCAAGCCCAAGAAUUUUUCACUUCUAAGAUCGAAGAGAGCAUUGGACCACAUGGAUUUAUGAUAUUUCAAGAAUUUAAUCACGGCGCAUGGCUUCCGCUGUUUGUACCAAAUCUCAAAUUGAAAUCGACGAGGAUCAUCUUGGGAAAUCCACUUAUUGCAAUUACUAUGCUCAAACAUGACACUUCUGCUGGUCUCUACGUUCCUGUUGAGCUUUUACUUGAGGAGAAGGAAGAUGGCGGGACUGAUCUGAUUUACAUCACGCCGUCAAAUUUGAUUGCGAAUGAAAGCAUUGAAGGGAAACCGGAUGAGUUGAGAAAGGCGGCAGAGGUUUUGGACGAAAAGUUUAGAGCGCUGGUACUUUGGGUUGCUGGCCAAGAGAAUUAA